GCCGCGCCGCCACGAGCCCUGGAUUGCGCUCGCCGGGGACCGUGGAAUUGUCUCGCCGCGGUUUCUGGGGAGGAUCUCGCCGCUCUCCGAAGGCGUUGGACGGGCGCGCGGGCUUCGUGGGAAGGUUGGGGCUCGUCGGGCUCGGGGCGUGCGUGUCCCCCGCGAGCGCGGCCCGCAGCAUGACGCUGGAGGAGCUCGUGGCGUGCGACAACGCGGCGCAGAGGAUGCAGAUGGUGAGCGCCGCGGUGGAGGAGCUGCUGGUGGCGGCGCAGCGCCAGGACCGCCUCACCGUGGGGGUGUACGAGUCGGCCAAGCUGAUGAAUGUGGACCCCGACAGCGUGGUCCUGUGCCUCCUGGCCAUUGAUGAAGAGGAGGAGGGUGACAUCGCCCUGCAGAUCCACUUCACGCUCAUCCAGUCCUUUUGCUGCGACAACGACAUCAACAUUCUGCGGGUGUCAGGCAUGCAGCGCCUGGCACAGCUGCUGGGCGAGCCCCCGGAGACCCAGGGCAGCGCCGAGGCCCGGGACCUGCACUGCCUCCUGGUCACGAAUCCUCACACAGAUGCCUGGAAGAGCCAUGGCUUGGUGGAGGUGGCCAGUUACUGUGAAGAAAGCCGAGGCAACAACCAGUGGGUGCCCUACAUUUCCCUCCAGGAGCGCUGAGGUCCUUUCCAGCAUCAGGACCUGUUGAGUUGCUGCCAAAAUAUAAAAUAAAUACUUGACACCCUCCCCCCAAAAAACCCCCCCAAACAGCCCUACCCGUGAGACCACGGGGCAGGACCACUGGAGACUGAAGACCAGGAGAGGUGGGCCGUGGCCCCCGGGCCGGGCGCCUGGAGCAGCGCCAGCGGCCGCGGAAGAGACGGGUCGGGCCGGCAGGAGAGGAGGCCCUGGAGCUCGGGCCGCGACGGAGCAGAAACUGGAGUGAGGAGCUGCUGCCUUCCCGUGUGGAGACCCUGGACUGCACGCCUGGGGGUGGGGGAGACUUGACUGCAUUUCCUCGCCCUCCUUGAGACUGGAGCUGACACCGGCAAGCCGAGCUGGCCGCCGAGGGUCUGCGCCCUCGCGGGGACUAGGCGGGGACUAGCCGGGGGGCUGGGGCUGUGUCUCUGUGCCCGCCGCUGCCAGCCCGCAAACUGCAUAGACGAUGUUUUACCUGCAGCUGUUACUUGAACCACUGAGCGAAGGGAAGCUUGCGGAUACAUAUAUUUUUACUUCUACUAGGAUGGCCUUGUAAUAAAUCUCUAAAGCUUCUGAAUGUUUGUGUAUUUGUACUUCUGGAGCGGA